ACUAGGAAUCAGCAUUGGCAGGUCACCUACUAUAAUUUUAUCAUAUGACCACUGAGUCUAUUUGACAAAAGUAUUCAUAUGAGAAGGAAGAUUGAUUUCCAUGAAACUUCAUGAACAUUAUGAUCUAUAUAGGGUAGGAAUUAGGAAGUCAAUACUGCAAGAAGCAAUCUGAAAAGUGAAAACCAAGAAGACCACUUCAGAGAGGCAGACUAACUGGUGAGCAGCUAACAGGAAGCAAUGAAACAAGAAAGAGAUAUGUUAGUUAUUCAGUGCCCACCGACUACCAGUGUUUCGCCGGCGACAAGGAAUUUGAUGGCGCAGCAACAGCAGCUGCCGACGCCCUCUCCUUUCUCUCUUUCUGCAGUAUCAACUACAUGGAGCUCGAGACCUUCCAUCCAUUUUUCGAGUCUCUUCCUUCGGUUCUUGGCACUUGUCUUCUCCUUUGUUUCUGCAACCUCAAUGGGUGCUCCACCACUAAAGAAGAAAAGCCAGCAACCUUCUAGCUUCACUCAAUUCUCAGAAUUGAUGUACUGCUUCAUUGUCUCCAUUUUAGCAUUCAUCUACUCUGCUUUCCAGCUCUUCAAAGGCGUUUGUGACAUAGCUCACAGGGGCAUUUUCAUCUCAGACAUGAUCUCAGACUACAUGAGCUUCAUUCUUGAUCAACUGAUAGGUUAUCUCCUGAUUUCAUCAUCAUCAGUAGCAAUAUUGGCUGUUCGACAGAUUGAACAAAGUUCCUCACUUUGGAAGGCAGCUAUCAUUUCCGAUAUCAUGUCCUUCAGUACUUUCCUUGUCAUUGCAACCUCAGCCAUCUUGUCAGGCUACAGGCUUUGUAAGAGAGUAAUCUGGUGAUGAUUCAUGAAUCAUGAGGCUAGUUCACAUGAUUGCAUUCCUGCUCAACCAUCUAAACAGCCUCAAGUAGAUAACAACAUCAUCAAGAAUGAAUAUGCUUCAUUUAUGUAACAAUAUAUUCUGCUACGAUGUCAAGUGAAGUAAUUACUUUUGUUUGUC